UAUUAUCGUAUCAAAAAUUAAAAUAUCGUUCAUAUCGAUAUACUAUCAACAAUCUAUUUGUACGCGAAACUGUAAAAAAAAGAAAAGAAAUAUUUGUACUAUUUUUCUAACAUUUAUACUCCUUUUUAUAAAUGAACACACAGCAACAAAAAAUGCUCGAAGCCUAGCUUUAAACAACUGAUAGCGGAACGCGUACACUGUUUUGACCUGCCGAGACCCACGACAACACACUCGAAUGCGGAAAAUGAUGUAAAACGGGGGGAAAUCUAAACCUGAAAGGCCCCACACAGCAGCAGAGGCACAAAAUGGAAAGGCACUAACCAGCACCAGCAGCAGCACCAACAAACCCACAACCACCCAGCAGAAGCAGAAACAACCAAGAUGAAUCUGUCGUGGCGCUUUUGAGCAUCAAUCGAUCUUAGUUUGUUUGCCAACUUUCUGUUCAAGAAGUCCGUGCCCAGUUCGCGCGUACGAUUACGAUUCCGAUACAGAGAAAACUCAUUCCCUGUUUCCCCUCCAGAGCCUGAUCCAGCUCCCACUCUCCUACUCGCACUCCCAACUCCAGUGCACUGGUAGCUGCCCAUGAUGCAUAUCAAGAGCUUGCCCCAUGCUCAUGCCCAUGCUGCUGCCACGGCGAUGAGCAGCAACUGUGACAUUGUUAUUGUGGCCUCUCAGCCGCAGACGACGAUUGCCAACAACAACAACAAUGAUACGGUCACACAGGCCACUCAUCCCGGUCAUGUGGCAGCGGCGGCCCAACAGCAGCAGCAACAGCAGCAGCACCACCAACAGCAACAGGCGCAGCAGCAACAGGCGCAGCAGCAACAAGCGCAGCAGCAACAGUCCUCUGGACCACCAUCAGCGCCUCCAGCUCCAGCGGAACUUGCCUUACCCUUCCAAAUGCAUCUGACUGGGAUUUCGGCCGAGGCGCAUAGUGCCGCUCAGGCUGCAGCAAUGGCGGCUGCCCAGGCCGCGGCGGCUCAGGCGGCAGCGGCAGACCAGCAGCAGCCACCGCCGCCGCCUCCGCCGCAUCUUGUCCACCUGGCCACACACAGCCCGACCAUGUCGAAUGAUCACUAUUUAGCCAAUGGCCAUGGCGAGCACCAGGGCGAGGGGACUGGCAGUAAUGCCAACUCUGGCGGUGGCGGGGGCGGAGGCGGAGGAGCGAGAGACCAGGAAAAGCCCUUCCACUGCACCGUGUGCGAUAGACGCUUCCGGCAGCUGAGCACACUGACCAACCAUGUCAAGAUCCACACUGGCGAGAAGCCCUACAAAUGCAACGUUUGUGAUAAGACCUUCCGUCAAUCGUCCACGCUGACGAACCAUCUGAAGAUCCAUACGGGGGAAAAGCCCUACAACUGCAACUACUGUCCCAAGCAUUUCCGUCAGCUGAGCACUCUGGCGAAUCAUAUCAAGAUCCACACGGCCGUUCGAGUGCGUCAUAUGCAAAAAGCAAUUCCGGCAGUCCAGCACGCUCAACAACCACAUAAAGAUCCAUGUCAUGGACAAGGUCUACGUUCCUGUCAAGAUCAAAACGGAGGAGGAGGAGGGGUGACUAGGACGGAUGGCGUUGGCGGGGCAUCAUCAUCAUCAGCAGCAGCACCAUCAUCAGCCGCAGCAACAGCAACAGCAUCCGCACCACCAACAGCCUCCGCAUCCGCAUCCUACUCCUCCCCAUGCACAUGCCCACCACAUCGACCAUCAGCGAGGAAUAACUAUUACCACUCUGCCCUCCACCACGUCUGUGGCGCAACACCAGCAACAACAACAGCAGCAGCUACUUCAUCAUGGAAAUGGCAGCUCUCCCCAUCAUUUCAAUGUGGCCUCGUUGGGCGACUUGUCCAGCGCCAUGCAGCUGGGAGCUGUGACAGCGGAUGGGAACUUUGUCACCAUGAAUGGGGUGGUGGUGGGCCGCAUUCAACACACGCGCGAAGAGCUGCAGCAGCUUGGAGUGAUUAAGGUCGAGUCACCAUCGAAUGGUGUGACCACAGUGCCGACGUCUGCGGCGUCGGCAACGCAGCGCGAGGGAUGAGCUGAUCAGCUGCUCCUCGAGUACAUGUUCAAGGCGGAGGAGAAUGUCCACGAGCAGAUAGUAGAACAGGAAGAGGAGGAAGAGGGCGAGGGCGAGGAGCAGCGAUCGCGCAAGAAGUGAGCCAUGUUUGGUGUGUACGCUUACGUUGUUGUUAGUUGUUUAAUUGUAGCGAACAUUGUUGUUGUUGUUAAGGUUUAAGUGUGUGACUAAGAACUUACCAAGAUGAAUGUAUAGCAAAACGCUUCAAAAGUAGCUAACCGGCAGACCGCCAACACCACAGCAGCAGCACACAGCGCUCUAUGGAAAAGCAAAUCCGAAAACCCAAAAACAGAAACCAGAAAUCCGAAAAGUGAACAUCCAACCUGAAGAAAGACCAGACCCUUAAAGAACUGCUGCUGUGUGGCAGCGGAACCCCCCAGCAUCUUACACCCAACCCCACCCCGCAAUCCACUCACGAGGCAAUAGAUUAACCAAUUUCCUAUUCACGUAAAUAAACCUAAUCGUAACCCGUAACUAGGAGCAGAACUAGAAAGAAACAAAAUUUGCUUAAGUACUAAACACUCUAUUAAGCGAAAAGUCAUUGCGUUAAGUCGAUAAAAUGUGAAAUAAGUAAAGCGUAAACGAAACUAAACGAAAACAACAGAGUAAAGAAAAGUAAAAUAGCUUCACAAAGUGCAAACACUUUUAAAAUUUCAAUAUCUUUUUAAUCAAAACCACUUUUAGAUUGUUUUAAUUCGCAUUUAACUCUAAAGGGAAAUUGUACAGACCUGACUUAGUCAGAGUUUCCAGUGGUUUAUUUGAUCUAUUUUUGUAAAAACUUUCGUUCAGUAACAACAGAAACAGCUUGUGAAACGAUUUACACGGGUGUUCUGCGGUCUGGGUUUACACAAAUUCAAUUUGUUUCAUUCAAUUCCUAGCAUAAUUAUUUAAAAUGUUAAUCUUAAAGGAGAAAAACCGAUAAUGAGAAAACCGCUAACAAAAAAAUUCUUAUAGUUUUAAGAGGUCGAAA